AGCUUUUUCAUGAAAAGAAAGAGCGUUACGUGCUUUAUUUCCAAUUUCUGUUAUCACUCUUAACUGUCUCUGCAACUUUUGGUCUACAUUUUUCCAUGGAAGAAGUGAAUCUUUCCUCCAGUUCCAACCCAGUUGUAAAAAUGGAAGAUACAUCUAAUGCAAGCAAAAAGAAGAGUGUUUCAUUACUUGGCCUAUUUGCUGCUGCUGAUAAAAUUGAUUGUGUCUUGAUGUUUUUCGGUAGUGUCGGGGCUUGCAUCCAUGGUGCUGCACUUCCUGUGUUCUUUAUUUUGUUUGGUCGUAUGAUUGAUUCUUUAGGACAUCUGUCCAAGAAUCCUCACAAAUUGUCUUCACAGGUUUCCAAGUAUUCUCUGUACUUAGUUUAUCUUGGAGUCAUUGUUUUGGCAUCAGCAUGGAUAGGUGUUGCAUUAUGGAUGCAAACUGGAGAGAGGCAAACUGCUCGUUUGAGAACGAAGUAUCUUCAAUCAGUUUUAAACAAGGAUAUCAAUUUCUUUGACACUGAUGCCAGAGAUUCAAAUAUUAUUUACCACAUUUCCAGUGAUGCAAUACUAGUGCAGGAUGCAAUAGGUGACAAGACAGGUCAUGCUCUGCGUUACAUUUCUCAGUUCAUUGUUGGAUUUGCCGUUGGAUUUGCAUCAGUAUGGCAGCUUACACUUCUCACCUUGGCUGUUGUUCCAUUGAUAGCUUUCGCAGGGGGGGCUUAUACUAUUAUCAUGUCUACCUUAUCAGAAAAAGGUGAGGCUGCUUAUGCUGAAGCUGGAAAAGUUGCAGAAGAGGUUAUUUCACAGGUUCGUACAGUGUACUCAUUUGUAGGAGAGGACAAAGCAAUUGAUGCAUACUCCAAAUCACUUAAUAGAGCCCUUAAACUAGGGAAGAGGAGUGGCUUGGCAAAAGGAGUUGGUGUAGGAUUUACAUAUGGCCUUUUAUUUUGUGCGUGGGCAUUGCUUCUCUGGUAUGCCGGCAUACUUGUCAGACAUCGGGACACAAAUGGAGCAAAAGCGUUCACGACAAUUAUCAAUGUCAUCUUCAGUGGAUUUGCUCUCGGUCAAGCAAUGCCAAACCUUGCUGCCAUUGCGAAAGGCCAGGCGGCUGCUGCCAAUAUCAUAGGCAUGAUUGAAACAGAUUCCAAGUCUUCUAAAACAUCAGAUGCUGGAGUAGUGUUGUCAAAAGUAGCUGGUCAAAUUGAAUUUUUGGAGGUCUGUUUUGCUUAUCCUUCACGAUCCAGUUUGGUUUUUGAAAAUUUGAGCUUCUCAAUUACUGCUGGGAAGACCUUUGCAGUAGUUGGUCCAAGUGGCUCAGGAAAGAGCACUAUUAUUUCCAUGGUUCAACGUUUCUAUGAACCCACUUCAGGUAACAUACUGUUGGAUGGACAUGAUCUCAAGAGCCUUGAAUUGAAAUGGCUGAGGGAACAAAUGGGAUUGGUUAGCCAGGAACCAACAUUAUUUGCAACAACUAUAGUUGGAAAUAUUCUGUUUGGUAAACAAGAUGCAGACAUGGAUCAGAUUAUACUAGCUGCCAAAGCUGCAAAUGCACAUUCUUUCAUUGAAGGAUUACCUGAUGGUUAUGAUACUCAGGUUGGGGAGGGAGGAACACAGCUUUCAGGAGGGCAAAAACAAAGAAUUGCAAUUGCAAGAGCAGUGCUGAGAAACCCCAAGAUUUUACUUCUAGAUGAGGCCACCAGUGCUCUUGAUGCAGAAUCAGAACUCAUAGUGCAGCAAGCGCUAGAUAAAAUAAUGUCAAAUCGGACAACAAUCAUAGUUGCACAUAGGCUAUCCACUGUACGAGAUGUUGAUACAAUCAUAGUGCUAAAGAAUGGUCAGGUUGUUGAAAGUGGGACCCACAUGGAAUUAAUAUCCAAGGACGGUGAGUAUGCAACUCUGGUGAACUUGCAGGUUACAGAAAAUGUUAAAGAUCCUAGCUCAAUAUCUCCCUCUGGAAGUUCAAGGCAUUCCAGCUUUAGAGAUUAUUCUGCAAGUUCAAGGCAUUCCAGUUUUCAAGAAUAUCAUACUACAAGUGAAAUGCAGCCAAGUGAUCAAAACUCAUCCCCAUCAAAGCACACUCCAUCGAUUUGGGAACUACUAAAACUAAAUGCUCCAGAGUGGCCUUAUGCAGUACUUGGCUCAGUGGGUGCAGUUCUUGCAGGCAUGGAAGCUCCUCUGUUUGCAUUUGGAAUCACACAUAUCUUGACUGCAUUUUAUUCUCCUGAUCUUUCUCAAAUGAGAGAUGAAAUCCAGCGGGUAGCUCUUAUAUUUGUUGGAGUGGCAGUUAUUACUAUUCCUAUAUAUCUAUUGCAACACUAUUUCUAUACAUUGAUGGGAGAGCGUCUCACCACUCGUAUUCGAUUAUUAAUGUUCUCAGCUAUCCUUUCCAAUGAAGUCGGCUGGUUUGAUUUCGAUGAGAAUAAUACAGGCUCACUGACAUCAAUUUUAGCAGCAGAUGCAACAUUAGUAAGAAGUGCUCUUGCUGACCGUCUAUCCACAAUUGUGCAGAAUGUAGCACUGACUGUGACUGCAUUUGUAAUUGCAUUCAUGUUAAGUUGGCGAAUAGCAGCUGUUGUUGUUGCCUCUCUCCCCCUGCUUAUUGGAGCUUCGAUUACUGAGCAACUAUUUCUCAAGGGAUUUGGAGGAGACUACAGUCGUGCCUAUUCUAGAGCAAUUGCUGUGGCACGUGAAGCAAUUGCAAACAUACGUACAGUUGCUGCAUUUGGUGCUGAAGACCGGAUCGUAAUGCAGUUUGCCUCUGAACUAAACAAACCAAACAAACAAGCAGUUGUACGAGGCCAUAUAUCAGGUUUUGGCUAUGCUGUAUCUCAGUUCUUUGCAUACUGUUCCUAUGCACUUGGCCUUUGGUAUGCAUCAGUAUUACUCAAGCAUAGAGAAUCAAAUUUCGGAGACAUCAUGAAAUCCUUUAUGGUUUUGAUAAUCACAGCAUUGUCAAUAGCAGAAACACUUGCUCUUACCCCUGACAUUGUAAAAGGGUCACAAGCACUUGGGUCAGUUUUCAGUAUUCUCCAAAGAAAACCAGUUAUCCACCCCAAUAAUCCUACCUCAAAUGUAGUAACAGAUGUCAAAGGUGAUAUAGAAUUUAGGAAUGUGUGUUUCAAGUAUCCAGCGAGGCCAGAUAUCCCCAUUUUUGAGGAUUUGAACUUGAAAGUCUCAGCAGGAAAGAGUCUUGCUGUAGUAGGCAAAAGUGGAUCGGGGAAAAGUACUGUGAUAACGCUAGUAAUGAGAUUUUAUGACCCCACUUUUGGGAAAGUUUUGAUUGACGGAUGUGAUAUUAAAAGCCUAAACUUGAGAUCAUUAAGACUGAAAAUAGGUUUGGUUCAGCAAGAGCCAGCAUUGUUCUCUACUACAAUUUAUGAAAACAUCAAGUAUGGAAAGGAGGAGGCAUCAGAAAUUGAGGUGAUGAAGGCUGCAGCAGCAGCAAAUGCUCAUGGAUUCAUUAGUAGAAUGCCUGAAGGGUACAAAACUCAGGUUGGUGAGAAGGGAGUGCAGUUAUCAGGGGGGCAAAAGCAGAGGGUGGCAAUUGCUAGAGCAAUGUUGAAAGACCCUUCUAUUCUUCUUUUGGAUGAAGCAACUAGUGCACUAGACACAGCAUCUGAGAAGCAAGUUCAAGAGGCUCUUGACAAGCUUAUGAAGGGCAGAACAACAAUUCUAGUAGCACACAGAUUGUCAACUAUUCGUGAAGCGGACAAAAUUGCCGUGUUGCAAUUUGGGAGGGUGGCUGAAAUUGGUAGCCAUGAGCAACUCACUAAAAAACCAAGCAGUAUAUAUAAGAAACUAGUCAAUCUACAAGAGGAAAAGAAGGCACAAGUACUUGGUUAAUUGGUUUGUAAUAGCCAAACAUGAUACUUUGGUAGCAAGAAUUUCCCAGAUAACAAACUGUGCAUAAUCUUAAAGCAUGAAGAAUUUAAUAUGAAAUACUAUAGAAGAUGUACACAUGCAUAUCAGCAUAUGUUGUUUUUCAGAGCUUUUCCAAGAAACUGUUGAUAAUACAAUUAUUGCAUGUUUAAUAUGCUAGAAGUUUUGUUAUACAUUAUUAGAUGAGAUGGAUAAAACUUUGAAAUUUGAAUAAAUACAGCUUUUAUAGUC